GCCGCUGCCGCUCGCAGCCCCUGCCGGCGCGAUCUGAAGAAGACUUCUCAUCCUUCAGAAGUAGCAUGCUCACAGUCUUCCUGGCCAAUGAUUCUUCUACAGCAAGCAGGACUUCUUCCUCAUCCUGAGAAGCCUUCAUCUCUUCCUAUGUCAGUGGCUACAAGGCCAAGAGCCAGCUCACCUCUGUCCCCACCAAAAUCUCUCGGACUGGGGCCUUCCUUUCAUCACACACAAGAAGAAGAGCUUGCAAAGGUGGUGGAGCAGGACCCUAUGCUGGAAGAACUAUGUAAGCCUCUGUGCUGUAAGCUUUGCAAUGUCACUCUGAACUCAGCACAACAAGCCCAGGCUCAUUACCAGGGUAAAAACCACAGUAAGAAACUCCGAAAUUACUAUGCUGCCAAUAGCUGUCCGGCACCUGCCAGAAUGAGUAAUUCAGUUGAGCCUGCCCCGCCUCAGGUUGUCUCCCUUCCAGCUCAGAUGGGAUCCAGUAAACCAGGUGGUCGAGUGAUCUUGGCCACAGAGAAUGAUUACUGCAAGCUUUGUGAUGCCUCGUUUAGUUCUCCGGCUGUGGCACAGGCUCACUACCAAGGGAAAAAUCAUGCCAAACGGCUGCGUCUUGCAGAAGCACAGAAUAACUCAUUCUCGGAUGCAUCAGAACUAGGCAAACGAAGGGCAAGGAAAGAAGGGAACGAAUAUAAGAUGAUGCAGAACAGAAGAAAUAUGUAUACAGUUCAAAACAACACAGGUCCCUACUUCAAUCCCCGCUCACGCCAGAGGAUUCCUCGGGAUCUGGCCAUGUGUGUCACCCCCAGUGGCCAGUUCUACUGCUCCAUGUGCAACGCCGGGGCCAGCGAGGAGAUGGAGUUCAGACAGCACUUAGAAAGCAAACAGCAUAAAAGCAAGGUGUCCGAACAGCGGUAUAGGAAUGAGAUGGAGAACCUAGGCUAUGUACAAUGACGCGCCACCCUUGGCAGUAGUUUGCAAAUAGAGAAGCUUGUCUCUCGCCUGCUGUUUGCCACAUGCCCUGCUUUGUGCUCCAUUUGAUAGGAGUAUGCUCUUGAGCUAUACAUGUAACACCUGCAAACUUAAUGGUAUGGUUAGAUUUUUUUUCUAUCAUAGUUGGCAGGAUGAUGCUGUGCAGGACAUGAAGUGUUUUUGAUGUUUGUUUGCUAAUUAUCUAAGGCUCUUCAUUGUAUUGAGUGGCGGGGAGGACUUUGUCUUCUCCCCAGCCUUCUGCAUGAAUAUGCAAAGCCCAAGAAGUGCUGGGAACUUCUGUGGUUCUACCACACAGGUGGACCAUGUGCAAAGCCCACUCCCCUCUUUGCACACCACAAAGCAGUGGUCCAGAAUGCCUCCCUACAGCAGACUGAACCUCUGGGCAGCUUGUAAAAGAGGGGCAGGAAUGGGGCCUGUGAAUGUGUGAAUUACGUGGUGUACUUGUCCACAAAUUGCUGCUUGUGGCCCCCAUUACAGCCCAGAGUAGAUUCUUUCCACAUCCUUGUAGAAAGGCUGUGCAUACUUCUCCUCCUUGGAGGGUCUUGCCUCUUACCGCUUCCUCUGCAAUGCAGAUUUCAUUCUGAACAUCUGACAUCGGAUAUCAGCUGAUUAGCCCCAAUCAGAAAUACUCUCUUCUACCAGUUAACAAUGAAAAAAGAUUCUCAGUGUUGUUGGCUGGGUACCUGAAUGCACCCUGGGUAUAGCUCAUCUCCCUGAAGAGAGUCUGUGGGGAUCUCAGUGGCUUAAUGAAGUGAAUCGGAAAGCAGACCCGCUCAGAUGAGAUGUGCUCUACUCUGAUUCUGCCUUAGACUGGGUAGGGUUGAGAACAGGUUCGAAGGAGCUGUCAGCUGUAAUUUCUUUGCAUACUGAUGUAGAAGAGAGCAAGUGUUGGUCUCUGGCCUGCAGCUGUAUUGCUCUGGGAGAGCAGGGCUGCCUGGACCUUGGGGAGCAGAUAUUGGUGUGUCCCACUUCCAUGCCAUUCCCUGGACAAAGCCCAAUGGGUGUUAUAGAGGAGAGCUGAAAUGCUCCUUUGGACUAGAGCUACCAAUAUUGGAUGAAUUUUUUCCUCUCUUUCUUUUCCCAUCUCAGGAUGGGUUUUAAUUCCAUUCCUAAAUGUGAACUUCACUGUUUUAGGGACCAUCAAAAAUCCAAAGUUAGGUAGGAUGUAAAUGUCAGGGGUGAGGAUUGUUUGAGUAACAGGUUUUUGGCCAUGCAGAAGUAUUCAUGAAACUUGUUAAGCAACUUUGUAAGUGUAGACAAACCCAAAGGGUGUGUGUCUGUUUUGAUUUCCCUUAGCAAAAGUAGAAAGGGGAUAAAGAGCAGAAGUAGGGCUGACAUUUAUUUUUCUGCUCGUUUGGGUAGAUGUGAGGAGCUGUGACUGGAACCCAGUUCACAGUGUUUCUAAAACAUUGGCUCCAGUGGAAAGCGCGGCAUGUAGGUAACCUCCGUUGGAUGUGAUUCACCACUGUGCUGCUACAGCUGUACGCUGGUAUAGCUUCAUUGACUUCAGUGGCAGGUGCAGAGUGGGGGUAAAGGAAGCAUCAUGGCUUGUCUCUCGCUCCUCUUUAGGCAGUACGUUGAGUUAGAUGCAGCUCCAUAGGUUUCAGUAGCAUUUUACCAGGGAUAAAUUUUACCUAGUGCAUAAUGUUGCGGGUAGCUCCUCCACCCCCUUUUUUUGCCAUUCUGAUCCUGCCUCUUGCAUUCCAGUAGGACUUUCUGCCUGCCUUAAAAAAUGAAAAAUGAGUAAACUAAAAAAAAAUCCAGAUAGUUUUUAUUCAUCUUUCUAAGUCCACUUCAGAAAGGUUUGUUGCACUUGGCUGCUCCUCAGAAAUUGAGUAUUGUUAUCUUUAACUACCUGAGCGUCAGGUAGCCACACAACCUUAACGUAGCCUUCCUAAAUCCAGGCAAGGUGAGCUCUUUGCACAGUUGUCAAAAGCAACCCCCCUACAUCAUUCCAUGCUGAUCCUUGCCCUGCAGAUACAGGCAGAGCAAUGGACAUCCUCUUGAAUGGGAUUCCCUCCCCUCCUUUAUGCAAAGCCCAAUUAAAUAGGGUUUGCGCACUGGAGCACGUUAGAAGGUAGGAGGACAGGUGCCCAGGUUGCAAAGCACUAACUGAACAGUUUUGACAGCCUGUAAGUCUGUUUCUUCUGUGCUUUCCUGCACCGUCUGUGCAGCCUUGAAGAACAUUGCCCCUGCAAAAAUCUCUCGUCAGCCUUUUCCCCUCAUCUUUUGCAGCCGAAGAAGGGCUCUGGUUUUCUCUUUGUGUUCUGUCUUUUGUUUUGCUAGUCUGACACCACUGUGCAGGGACAGAGGGAGUUGGAUGAGCCUUACCACAACGUGCUUCACCAGAGUGAUCCCUGCAUUAUGGUUAAACAUCCCUCUUGCUGUAAAUUAAAGCAUGACAUUUCCCACAGGCUGCAAUUAGUAGCAGAAAAACAACACUUUGUGAAAUACGAGCUGGAGGAGCUGUAGGUACUGGUGUUGUCUAGCUUAUUGCUAGAGCCAAGAAGGCAUUUUUGUUUGCUUUCACGUGUCCCAAAAAUCAACUGUUCACCGCUUUGCUUUGGUUGCUGCUCCUGCUCCCAGCCCAGCGAUCUGCUCCUCAUUUGGCAUUUCCAGUGACUGCUGGAGGUGUCAAAACUCAGUUUGCUCCAUGUGCUGUUACCUCCUGGUAACAGCUGGUGCAAAUGUGCCACAGCAUGCCAGUGUGCUAGUGCAUUUGGGAGGGUGUGUGAGGGAGGUGCAGGGGGCUGUUCCUGCGGGCUCCUCUCUGCAUGGGGCUGAGUCUGGUUUUGAGGAAUGGCAUGAGUCUGCCCUGAACAGAGAGGCCUGUAUCUGCUUUGUUUUGUUCAAGGGAGUACCACAAAUGAAUGUCAUCAUCCUGAGAAUUUCAAAGUGGUGGGUUAUAUAGCAGGUAUAAAGCAGACAGUGGGACUCAGGCGACUAGAGUAGGACAGGUUUCCUACAUGGGAGGAAAGAUACUUCUUUCUGGGAGAAGCAGCUGAGACUCGCUUUGCUGCAGUGCUCUGUUGUGGCCCUUCCCUACAAGUGACCAAAGCUUUCCUCUCCCUCUUCAGCAUUGCUUAAUGGUUUGUGAUCUUCCCACUCUUCCUCCAGCAUAGAAAAUUGUUGACUGCAAAAAGAAAACACCCCACCUCACUAAUAUCAUUAGGGUUCAGGCCAAUCCAAACUUCUACUUGUCAGCAUGAGAAACUGGGCGGAUCCUGAUUUUAUUUUUUUUGUGAAAGCUGUUCUCCAAAUCGAUGUUCAAAACACAUAUUGAAAACACAUCCUGGCCAAACCCUGUUUGAUAGAUGGGCUGGGGAGAAUACUGUACAGCAGUAGUACUGUUUUCCAGACUCAAUGAAUCUUUUUCUCAUGUUAAACAAAAUACCAAACCCAAGAAGCAGGACUUCUGUGAAGCUGUCACAUUGGCCAGUAGGUUAAUGACCUUUGCUGCUAGAAACAAAAUAUAAAUCAAUGUGUUCAUAUUUAUUUUACUGUGCUGACCACUAAUUCAUUUGUUAAUAUUUAAGGCAUUAUUCUGUAGGUUGUUUUUGUUUAAAUAGAAAACUCUACAUCGCACUUUGCUUUUGGAUCAGAACAGGUAUUUAUUAUAUUUGUGAAAAUGUUUUCCUUCCCACAUAUGUAUUGUUUUCUUUCCCUUGAUGAAAAAAAAAACCCAAAACCCCAAACAACAAAACCCACCCCCAAAACCUAAAAAAACCCCAAAUCCAACCACUGAAUCUUCUUUGUUUCUUUUCAUGCCAAACAAAAUGGGGAUUUCCUUGCAACUCGCUCUUAAAUGUCCAUUUCUAAUUUUUUUUUUUCCCCUCCAAUGAUUCCUUUGGUAACUUGGGAUGAUAUUUUUAGACACACAUGAAGUUCAUACUACAUUUAAGCAUUUCUUUUAAGGCAAGGAAGUAAACUAUGUGGAAUCCAUGUAUUUGUGAGGAGUAUGAAAGUGAUACUAUUUUGUUUGUAUUAAGCACUAGCUGUUAUUUUGCAUUCUGCACUAAUGAGUAAAUGUGUUAUAAUCUUGCCUAACAUUGGUCUAUUUUUGACUUUUUGCUUUCUUUGUGUACAUCAAAAGGAACCCUGAAAACUUCUGUGGAGUUGCUUAGGAUGGUCAUCAAUGUAACAAAAUGCAGAUUUUUUUCUGUAAAGCUUCUUGUAUUUUUUCCUUUUCUAGAUGCCCAUUAUAGGGCAUUAGAAAGGAAAGCUAUUGCCAUAAGCACAGAUUCAUAUUUUAGCUUACUAAUGCAUGAUGUCCUUUUGCUAUGUUACUUAAGUAAUACUCUCACUGUAACCAAUGGGAAUCUUGCCCAAGUCAGGAGUAAAUGAAAUACCCUAGCUAAAUAUAUUAUGUUGGCUAGGGCCAGGCAAGGUACAUUGCUAAAAUUUGUCUUUUACUCCUAUGUUUGGGUUACAACACUCUUGAGGUUUUGCUUUUUGAGGAAUGUGUAUCUGGUUCUGUAAGGAUUUGGUCCUGCUCCAGCUAAAAUAGUUUGAAGUACGUUGACUUUAGUUGAGUAGGAGCAAGCCUUGAAGCCCUUCAGGAAUUUCAUACUGCUGAUGUUUUCUCAUGUAUGUGUGUUUUGUU